AUGGAUGCGAUCGGAUGGAUGUGAUCGGAUGGAUGCGGUGUUGGCCGCCAAACGAUCGGCAGUCAACGCGGGCAAACGCUUGGAUGGCGCCGCAAGUGCGAGGAUAUAUGAUGGGGGCCGGCGAUGCCGGCCUCGUUUGUCCACACCGCAACCAUGACCAAGCUAUCGCUCUGGCUUCUUCCUGCUCUUGCCUUUGCUGCUGCUGCCCAGACGCCCUCGAGCAGCGCCAUGGGGGGUGUGGGCGACGAGCAUGACUUUUCCACCAACCCAGCGCUGUAUCAGGUUUGUGCCAUCGCUGUUCUGGCGAGGCGGCCGAGGGGCGGCGACAACCGGCUCAUCUUUGGUCGAAAGCUGAGAUUCUGGAGUGCUGAUCCAGCCGGUCUUUGCCACUGUCCGAACAGGAAACGCUCCUCCUCAAGGGCACCAUCGAGAAGAUGGUCCGCAAAUACAAUCGCCAUCAUUACCGCUUCAAGAAAUUCGAGCCGUGGUCAUAUCGACAGCAGGCCGUCGCGGGCACCAACUUUCUGGAGAAGAUCAAGGUCACCGUCACAGACCAAUGCCUCCAUGUCUGGAUCUUCAAGGGCUUCGAUGGCGUCUACACCGUUGAGUCCGUCGACCACGGCAACCUCUACCCUUGCCUGGAGCCGUUCACGGUCCUGCCUCCGCCCGAGUGACCAGGAAGUGCGCAACCGCAGCGUUGGAGAGAUGGCGAAUCGACGCUUGCUGCAGACUCAAUCGUUGCGUGGCUGAAUACAGUCCAUCCAUUCAGUUUGUACAUGAACG